UUUAUGUUCAACGUAAUUGAGGAUGAAUUAGUAUCCAUUCGAAGCUGUUAGUCUAAUAUAUAUAAAAAUUCAUAAUUUCGUUAUCAGUCAUUAAAAAUGAAUAGAUUAAAUUAUAAAAAUGAUCAUCAGGAAUCUCAUCAUCAUCCUCAUAGCAGUACAACAACAUCUAUAUCUAUAACUGGAAACAAUGUUACACAGAUUGUUUAUCAUCCAUCAAUUAAUAGUUAUCAACUAUCCGAUUAUUUAUGUGGUUUUGGUGCUGCUAUUGUAAAUGUUUACGCAACGUUCCCGAUUAAUAAAUUAAUUUUUCGUCAAAUGCUCCAUGGACAAUCUGUUCGUAAAGCUACUGCUACAUUAAAAUCUGAAGGAAUCGGUCGUCUUUAUCGUGGCAUUGCACCACCGUUAAUACAGCGUUCAAUCACAUUAUCAAUAAUGUUCGGAACAUUUGGUACCUAUCAUUCAUUAUUAGAUCAUUAUGCUGAUCAUUUCUUGCCAUCAUAUGCACGUUUUUGUCUGUCCGCUUUUUUAGCUGGCUCGACUGAAGCUAUUAUGUGUCCUUUUGAACGAGUGCAAAUGCUCUUACAGGAUGAUCGCCUUCAUAAUCGUUAUUCAAAUACAGUGGAUGCCUUCAAAAAAUUACGUAUUUACGGUAUAAAAGAAUAUUAUCGUGGUUUAUCCGCCAUUAUUCUACGUAAUGGCCCAUCAAACAUUCUAUUUUUUACGUUUCGGAAUGAAAUCAAAAAUCAUCUACCACAGAAUGUCGAUAACAACGAAUCAUACAUGACUGAAAUGAUAAAAGAUUUUAUAUCUGGUUCGAUUGUUGGUGCAUUAAUAUCUACAUUAUUUUAUCCAUUAAAUGUGGUUCGUACACGAAUGCAAACACAGCAACCGGGAGCCAAACAUCUAAAUCUAUUUGAAGCGGCUAUUGAUAUUUACAAUCAACGUGAUCGCAAUCUUCGCCGAUUAUUACGCGGUGUUCAUAUUAAUUAUAGCCGUUCAUUUUUAUCCUGGGGUAUUGUGAAUGCUUGUUAUGAAUUAUUCCAUAAGUUAUUUUUUCCCGAAAAUCAACAAAAUGAUGAUCUCCAUAACAGAUGAACAUCAUCAUCCUAAUAAGCUCAUAUUGAUGUAAAAGAAAU